UUUAUAGCGACCAGCACCGCGCGGCACACGUGCAGCUCAUCCACAAAACCCUCACCGGGAUUCCUUGGCAAUUUACCGCUCGUCUCUGCUUCAGUUUCUGUCUCUCUCGCUCUCUUUCUCCGCCUCGGAUGCCUACACUGCGAUGAUGGCGACAUGUGAGACCGUGCGAGGUUUCUGCGAUCGGUUCUUGGGUCGAUGUCUCCGGCACUACCCUUGUCUCUCCGAUCGAGCGAGGAGAUCGUCGAUUGGGUUGAAGGUAGCGCUUUUGCUUCUGCACGCGGUGUUUGUAGGCUUCCUUUUCGUAUUGGAUACUGAUUUGAUACGGAAGAGUCGUGAGAUGCCCUGGUAUUCGACGACAUACUUGUUACUAGUUUUAGCCACCCUAGUUCAAUAUUUCAUCACUGCAUUUUCCUCUCCGGGGUAUGUUAUUGAUGCAAUGGCUUAUGAAAAUGAGAUGCAUGCAACUCAUCGAAAUUCGUCAAGAAAUUCAAUGCAACAUGCUUCAAGAAAUGGUACCUUGAUUUCUUCAUCAAAUAACAGAAAUAACCCUCGCAUGAGUUCUUCAUAUUGGCUGAAUCUGGUCAUGGAAUUGUAUCCUCGUGGAUCAUCCAGCAGGAACUGGACUUGCUUGUAUUGUAAUGUUAUCCAGCCUCCUCGUUCAAAGCAUUGCCAUGAUUGCGACAAAUGUGUCCUUCAGUUUGAUCAUCAUUGUGUUUGGCUAGGAACGUGCAUUGGCAAAGGGAAUCAUUGCCGAUUUUGGUGGUAUAUUUUUGCAGAAACAGUUGUAUGCAUCUGGUCUGGAGUACUGUACAUCACCCUUCUGAGAUCGGAUAUGAUGAAUGUUUGGUGGAAGAUUAUGAUUGUGGUCAUCUUGUUAACAGGAUUAUCACUAUGCUUCAUCUUUCUUCUUCUGCUGCUGCUUUUUCAUACCUUUCUUGUGCUAACAAAUCAGACCACAUACGAAUUGGUGAGAAGACGGCGCAUAUUCUAUUUAAGGGGAAUUCCCGAGAGGGUUCGGCCAUUCAGCAGAGGAAUUUGCAGAAAUCUUUAUAAUUUCUGCUGCUCCUUGGAUAGUAUCUACAACUUGGAAGCAGUUCCCACAUUAGAGGAACUGGAAGAAAGAGCAAGGCCAUACACCUGCACUGAUACCCUCACCUGCAGAUGCUGCUGAGAUCUCAUGGGUUCUGUUCUAGGGUCUGCUUGUAAGGCUCCAAUUAUCUGAUUUGCUAUUUUAUAUAAUUAUAUUGUUUGUACGUUAAUUUAUUAUUAUUUUUUUAAUUGCAACAGACUAUAAAUUUAUAGUUAUGUGAUUCAGAUAAGGCUAACAAUGUAAUUUUCACUGGUUUAGGUUGUAAUGAUUUAGUUUUUA